GACCACCGCCUCACCGGAGCUCGGAUUACCGGACUAAACACAGCGCGCCUCUGGGUUACAACCUGCUGCUGCUUCCUGUCAGUUUGGACCCUUUUAGCUGUGAAUUUAAUGGCUUUACUUUUCCCCAUAUCUGGAUAAAUAUCUUUCUCAAACCUGCUCGUCUUUGGAACACUUUAAAAUCCUUUUUUAAAUUUUUUUUUUUGUGCACCAACGCGAGGUCUGAUUUUAUGCGCUGAAUGAAGCUGUGCGUAAACGCGCGCAGAGCACAGCAAAGCGCCUCAGUGCUGUUUCUGGUUGAAGAUGUACAUGAAUCAACUGUGAACUCCACCGACUGCGAUUUGGUCACUUCUCAUAACGCACGUGCUUCCUCCAGAGGAUGACAGUCAGAUGAGCGCUGAGCUCCUGUUCAGGUGGGUUUAACCCUCCGCUGCUGGAUGAGAUGCCACCAUGUCCUUUACGCACCGACUCGCUCUGCUCCUGCUCGGCUUCACCUUCAUCCACAUGGUCGAUGGAAAGUUUUCUCACUGCCACUUCUACUGGGAAAUGCAGAAAGCAAGAAGUGAAUGUCGGACGCAGCUGCAACAACAGAAUUCGACGGCAGCAUGCCGUGGCGAGUGGGACAACGUUUCGUGUUGGCGGAGCGCAAACAUCAGUGACGUGCUGACCUUACCCUGCCCCAAACCCUUCCUGCUCUUGUUUGGCAAGAAUGGUAACCUCAGCAGGAAAUGUACAGAGAGUGGCUGGUCCUCCGUCUACCCCAACCCCACCAUCGCCUGCAUGAGCACCGUGGAGAGCCCAGACCCCGACAAAAAGCUGGACUUCUACAAGGUGGUGCAGAUUCUGUCCUGUCUGGGCCACAGCCUGUCAAUCAUCACUCUGCUAACCAGCACCAUCAUCAUCUUUUUGUUCAGGAGACUCCACUGCAUGAGGAACUACAUCCAUCUGAACUUGUUUGUGUCGUUCAUCCUGCGCGCCGUGGCUGUGCUGGUCAAAGACCAGCUGCUCUUCUCAUAUCAUGAACCCGCAGACUGCAGCCAACGACCCGCACUGGUCGGGUGUAAGACCAGCCUGGUCUUCUUCCAGUACUUCGUCAUAGCCAACUUCUUCUGGCUCCUGGUUGAAGGUCUUUACCUGCACAUGCUGCUGCUCGUCCUCCCCACCUACUCCAUCCGCCUCUCCAUCUACAUGCUCAUUGGCUGGGGAAUCCCUCUUGUUUUCAUCGUGGCAUGGAUCAUAUGUAGGAUAUACCUGGAGGACACCGGGUGCUGGGAGAUAGACAGCAACCCCAUACCUAACAGACUGAUCAACUGGCCCAUCAUGGCAUCUGUCAUUAUCAAUUUCAUCCUGUUCAUCAGCAUCAUCCGUAUCCUGGUUCAGAAGCUGCGCAGCUCUGAUGUCGGAGGAAACGAUCAAUGCCAAUACAAGCGUCUGGCUAAGUCCACACUCCUGCUGAUCCCUCUGUUUGGCGUGUACUACAUGGUGUUCUUCUACCUGGUGGAACCAGAUAAUGAAAACUUGACGCAAGUGAAAAUCUUCUUUGAACUUGGCCUCGGAUCAUUUCAGGGUCUAAUUGUAGCCGUUCUCUACUGUUUCCUCAACAGUGAGGUUCAGAGUGAGCUGAGGAGGACAUGGAAGCGUUUGUCUCUAAAGCGCUCAGAAGGCCAGGACGGCAGGCUCCACAGCAUGAACCAAAAUGGUACAGAAAACCUGGCCGAGUACAAAAGAAACUCCCGAGCCCAGUCCAUCCUGCAGACUGAGAUCACCGGGCUCUGACACAAAUAACCUGUUUUUGUAAAGACUUUGAGAACUGAUGCUCGUAUUCAUUGAGAAUGGAGGAAAUAUACUUAAAGUUGCUUUUAUAGACACAUCAUUUGCUGCUGCAGGGAUUGAACUCGUGGCCUGCAGAUGUUAUUGAUGUGAAUGACUUCUUAUUGGACUGUGAAGCCUCCUGGGGACAUUUUCUUUACAUCACAGUGAAUCCAGAGAUGAAGCAGUGCCUCCUGUAAUGUUUCCAGAACAGAAACAUGCAUCAACAACUUUGUUUAUUAUUCUCCAUAGCCAAGAAUUCUGUCAUUUUAAAAAUAAUUAAUGCAUAAAUCACCCUUUUAAAAAAAAAAUUAUUAUUAACUAUGCAGAGCAAGCUUGGUUAGCAAGGUACAUCCAUCAACUUUAAGGGUGCAUAGAUAUGGUGCAUAAAAUCCAAGCCAUUCUGCAGGGUCUGUACCUCACAGGCCACAUUCAUAAUUUAAAGCUUUAGCUAUAUGAAAAUGGAAUCAUUAUCAGCAACUUCAGACCAUGUACAGUUGAAAUGGAGGAAGAAAUUAAAUAGAGACCAAAACCAUAGUUCAUACCAACCUGUAAACCUGCUUAUUGUGCUGAUGUUGGGCAUUUUAACAUGGUAGUCUGUGGAGAUUUGGAGCCAGCCUCAAGUGGCCAUUAGAGGAACUGCAGUUUUUGGCCACAGUGAGGGAGUAGAUGUGGCUGCAGUUGUUCCAACAGUUUGUUUGUUUUUUUUUAUUAGGUAAGCAUAUUUCAGGUCAGUCAUCUCACAACCAUCUCACAACUCAUUAUGACUAAGAUCUAUCUAUGCUGUCAUGGAGAAGCAGAGACCACUACUGUAUAUGGAAACAAUGUAAACAUCUGUCUGUUUUUGGUGCAGAUGGGAUACAGCAGCAGAAGACCACACCAGGUGCCACUCCUGUCAGCUAAGAAAAGGAAACUGAGGCUACAAAUCUCACAGGCUCACCAAAAUUGAACAAUAGAAGACUGGAAAAUGUUGUCUAGAUUUCUGCUGCAGCAUUCAGAUAGUAGGGUCAGGAUUUGGUAGAAAUAUGAAAGUAUGUAUAAGUCCUUUUGUUGGUUCAGUCAGCUGCUGCUGGUGUAAGUGUAAGGAUAACGUGCCAUGUCACAAAGCCCAGAUCCUCUCAGACUGGUUUCUUGAACACAGCAGUGAGUUCACUGUAAUAGACCACCUUUGAGACAUCGUGGAUGUGCUGCCGAUAAAACUGCAGCUAUCGCGUGAUGCUAUUGUGUCAAUAUGGACCAAAAUCUCAAAACAAAGCAAAGGGAUUCCAACCCGGCACUAAUGAGGCGAUAGUACCAGGUCACGUUAUUUGUUCAGCAUAAUUUACUAGCCAGAUUUGAGAUCAACAUAACUUGCUGACCCAUUAAUCUCACUUCGUAGGACACCCUUCUGUUUCCUGGGUAACCGUAGUUAUUGUGGCUCUUCAGUGUCCUUUUGAAUGUUUUUGAUAGCACUGUAUGUUUUAAGUGGUACCAAAUUCAGGGCUGUCUGAGCAGCAACCAUCAAUAAUUUCAGUUUGAUGAUCUUGGAUUUCAGUUUUUCUUAAAGUGUAUAUGAUGUAUCAUUGCUUUUUUACCAGUAAUCUGAUAAGGCCCACCACAGCUAUUAAAAUGUCCUCCUUAUCAAAUGCGCCGUGUCAGCAGGGAAUGAACCUGAUGAUGUUCAGUUUGAAAGAACACACUGAAAACAUACUUCACUUUAAGCCUGAUCAAUGAUCAGUUCCCACACACACGUGUCAUCAUCCAAACCCUCACAGUAACAGAGCUUUACAGACAAAAACCGUGCUUGCCUUGUACAGAGACUGUUUUCAAAUUUUUUUUGUCAUUUUUUAUACAGUGGAGAGUAUAUCACUGGCCGACUCAUUAUUAUUAUAUCUGUAAGCUUUGGGCCACAACUGUAAGCCUGUGAUGCCAUAUGUUUAAUGCAUAAAAGCUUUUUAUCCUG